AUGACUGUGACUAAGUAUGUCCUGAAGUUUGAUAGGUUGGCUAAGUUUGCAUCUAGCUUGGUGCCAACCAAUGUUGCUAGGAAAGAGAGGUUCGUUCGGGGACUGAACCCCAUGAUAGCAUGGGAUGCUAGGAUUACCUCAGUGCCUGGAGUCACUACAUAUGCUCAGGUAGUUGAGAAGGCCCUUAUUGUUGAAGGUGCAGAGGACAAGAUUUGGCACGAAAGCAUUGCUAGGCGUGAUGCUCGAAGAGUGGUACCUCCAUUUAUGGAUCUGGUGACAUUUCUUGGUCACAUUGUCCGUAAGGAUGGAAUUAUGGUGGAUCCGACCAAGAUUGAGACUGUGAGAGAUUGGCCAAGGCCAAGGAGUGCCUCAGAGAUUAAGAGUUUCCUGGGUUUAGCAGGAUACUAUCGACAUUUUUUGGAAGGAUUCUCAAAGAUUGUAACACCAUUAACCAAGUUGACACACAAGAACUUGAAGUUUGUUUCGUCUGAUAGAUGCAAGAACAACUUCUAG